AUGACUGGGAUCGGAGAGGGGGACCCUGAUAUGGGCAUUGCGCUGCUGGCGAUAAGCAACGUGCUCAUGUUCGUGGCUUUGGUGGUCAUCGUCACGAGGGUGGUCUGUCGCUUUUGGGUCUUGCAGACCGAAGGGCUGGACGACUGGCGUCGCGAACGGAACGGGAAAGAUGGAAUGGGAUCGCGAUGUGGACGACGUCGUGCUCGCCAAGGUAGCGCUCCCACCCUCCGACUGGCAACGCAGAUACUCUACACUCUCGCCAGCACUUUCAUCAAGAUCUCCAUCCUCUUCUUGUACCGGCGGAUCUUUCCGAACCUGCGAAUCCACAUCUACGUGACGAUCGGCUUCCUGGGCGCCAUGAGCCUCGCCUUCAUCUUCGCCGCCGUCUUCCAGUGCAACCCCAUCGCAAAACUAUGGAGCCCGGAGAACCAACAGAAACUGUCUUGUUUUCCGCCGCUGGCGUUCUGGUGUGACGUCUCCGCGGUUUACGUCGCGACCGAUCUGUGGAUUAUGGCUUUGCCGGCGCGGACCAUCUUCGGCCUCCAGCUCCCACGGAAGAAGAAGGUUUUCAUCAUGGGGCUGUUCUGUCUGGGGAUCUUCGCAUGCGGCGCGGCCAUCGCGCGCUUGGUGUAUGUGGUCAAGCUGUAUGUCGGGCACGACCCCUCGUGGGAUGUCGUGCCGGCGUAUAUUUGCUCGAUCGUUGAGAUCUCGCUGGCGUUGGUCGCCUGCAGUGUGCCGCCCCUGCGUCCGGCUGUGAUUCUCAUUGUGGGCAAGAUUUCGUGUUAUAAGAGGAAGAGCAUCAGUGACGUUGAGAGCCCUCCUGAUACCUGA